AAAAGAAAAAGAAGAAGAAGAAAGAUAGAGGUUUGUUUCUCUUGAUUCGGUUGCUACGUCUCUUAGACUACUUUUUUCUGCAAAUUACAGACGUCUCUUUGAAGGGAAAAUUUCUUGAAGCCAUAUUUUGUAUUGUCAUCGUUUUGGCAUCUGGGUAAGAGGGUCCAUGCUAUGACUGGUACAAUUUUUUAUUUUUUAUUUAUUCUUUUAUUGCAUUAUGUUAAAAAGAUUUGGUAACCAAAGAAGCACCUUAGGCAGGCAGAAAACUGGCUGUUGUUCUGCCCUGUGCAAUGGUUGGGGAGUUGUUUCAGCUUUCUCACAGCUUCUGGGAGUUAUGGUAUUUUCAGGUGCUGGAUAUUGUUUCUAUGAGCAACCGGCUUUGUUUCUGAGCAAUUCCUGCAUCCCUGGUAUUCGGCAUUCUGCUUCAGCAUGGCCUUGCUUCAGAUUUACUAUUGCAUCUUUUGGAAGGUCACCUGGCUUUUAUUCAUUCCCUUCCCCUGCUGCUCCUUCCAGUUUUAUCUACAGAUUUUUGUCUUACGAGUCUGUUAAUUCUGAGAAGACCAAACCCUUGUCUUUGAAGCUGCUACCUGGUUAUCUUCCGUGACCUGGUGUGCAGUUCUUUUGUUAGCCUUAUGGCUAUUCUAUGGAAAUGUAGGAUUUGAAUUGUGAAAUGCAGAUUGGAAAAUUAGUUGGUCGAAACUCUUCAUGCUUUUUAACUGCUGGGACGUACUGUUCAUUAUUUGCCUUGUAUAGAUUAUUUUUGUGCUUGUAAUUGUUUUGGCGCUUGCAUA